AUGGAGGGUGCGGUGACUCACCGGAGGAUAAAAUUAGGCGGGAUUUUAUCACUUCGCACAGACAACGGCAAAAGGAGCUUAAGAGAAAAUAGGUUAGACCCUUCUCACAAGGCUGAACACAAUCUCGGGGGGAUUUCAAACGAUUUAACUGAAUUAGUUAUAACAAUGAUGUCAGGUCAGAUUAAAAUGACCGCAUCGAUUGCGGAGGUUGAAAAUCACGCACACGGGGAAAGUGUUCGGACCGCCGUAAUAAUAUCCUAA